AUGUCUUCUCAGGUAUCAGAAUCCUUGCCGUUCUAUUUUGUCGACAAACUCUCCAACAUGCGAGUUCGGCUUCCUAUCAACCAAACGACCUCCUGGACCCAGUUCCUAGCAUGCCUAUCCGACGUGUCCGGGCCCGUCGCCGCUCAAAUCAAGAACUUUUCGGUCUCAACCUAUGUGAGCCGGACACCCCAAGCACCGCAAGGCUUUACGGUUCGCGAUGGUCCCUGGCUUCUCCGUGAAGUGACAAGCGCCCUGAGAGGAGCUGAAGAGCACGCUUCAUACUCUAAGUGGCGUGUCAUCUCACGGAAGCUCUUUCUACGCCUGCGCAAUCAGUCGUUGGAAUCUGGCACCAGCGUCGAGAUUCUGCAUACUCUGCAACAUGUUCGCAAUCAGGGAGUUGCGAGAGGGUCAGAACAACCACCUAUUUGGGGGAUUCCAUUCAACGCAGCUGCUCGAGGCUUCACUCCUGCUACAGGAUUCGGUCCGGGUCCAUUUCCAGCACUGUAUCGGGCGUCAGGUCCAACAAUCCCAUAUGAAGGGUGGCACGAUUAUCCCAGGAACAACCCCCCAGCGCGCAUGUCUGCUCAAGGACAGUACCAAGGCGAACACCCAUAUGGUCCUAUGAGAAAUUCCGUCGGCAUUCCACCAGCUUACGGUCCAGCUCCUGCCCAACAUCACGCCCCGUAUCAACCUUACUCCUCCUCUGCCGCGGCUCACUAUUAUCUAGGGCCUGGUUUCUCUCAAGGUAUCCAGCGACCGACAUAUCCGAUGCAUCAACAGGGACAGAUUCUGACUCCUCGGCUGGGUCUGCAUCCGCAUCCUCGACCAAAUCACUAUCCGCCGUCAUUUUCUGCGCCGUUUCAACCCUCAAUUCCUGCGUUAGCACCGUCCCAGACCCACAUAGCUGCUGCACCCGUCCCCUUCCCAAGCCCAGGUUUCGUCCAAGUUCCAACACCAGCUGCACCAAGAUCGCCGCCCCCCUCAACCCCAACGGACCUUGUCAGUUGGACCAGCGACAUGUAUCCGCGACUGGUUGUCGAUAGUGCCGAUAUCCACUGGCUACACCGAGAACAGAUCCUACGAGAACAGGUGAAGUUUGGGCAAGCUCCGGUCGUGAAGGCGAUGGAUGUGUGGGCUGAGAAGUCGAAGCCACGGUACUGA